GCCGAAAAAGGCUGCCGCAGUUGUAUGCGGCGACGCAUCCGAUGUGACCUCGGCCGCCCGGCUUGUGCGAAAUGCAUCAAGAAGGGCCUCGUCUGCCCGGGAUACGGGCGACACCUUCGCUGGGCUGAUGGCGUGGCCGUCCGCGGCAAGCUCAAGGGCCAGAGGCUGCCCGUUGCUGGGCCGACAUCUAUCAGCAUCAAGUCCAUGGAAAACACCCCUGCUGCUCAAGGUUUACUACUAAACUAUACCCAGUGGGCGUCUUCACCAGAGAUCAUCGAAUAUUAUGACAAGUAUCUUGCGGGACGCAUGGUCUGGGUCGACUCGGAUGAAAAUGAUUAUCGGCGUCGGAUGCUACCCAUGGCUGCCAACGCUCCAGGUCUUCGGUUUGCCAUUGCCGCCUUUUCUCUCUACCAUGGACCCAUGAAGUUCCCGAGCGAGCUGGCCCGCUAUCACGAAGAGGCACGCGACGCAUGCUUAAAUGUUGUCAGGGAACAGCUGCGGGAAAUGAAUGAUCGACUCAACAGCGGAGCCGAGCUUAAUACCCGCGACGACGUCGCCAACGCGGAAUGGGUCCUGGCCUGCAUUCUCGUCAUCGCCAACUACGAAAUGGCCAAGAAUCACUCCGAGGCGGCUGAAAGUCAUAGGCUUGCAGCGAGAACCAUCGUCAACGUGUUUGGAAAGAACGAAGCGUGUAACAAGGGCCUUUUUGCAUUUCUGAGGAAUCAACUUGCGAUUCACGAGGUUCUCGGCUCGGCAACAUCCUUCGACUUGAAAGACGUUGCAGAAACCGUCUUACCCACAUCCGACUCUGGCGACCGUGUGCUGUUCUCUGAGUAUCUCUCUUUUCUGCACCAGAUUACGCUGGCUUCUCGGCGAUCCAUGGCCGUCAACGAGGCCAUUGAUGUGUCUACAUGGCCCCAGAGCUUCACCAUAUCAGAAGUCCAGUCACGCUUCGAGCAGGCAAGAGGGCAGACGUUGAUGAUAGCAGGAAAGCUGCAAAUGGAACCUCCGGUUGUGCGUCGGGACUUUAUCCGGCUGGUGGACCUAUAUCACCAUGCUGCGAUUGUCUAUGCAUACAGAUGCCUGGGCUAUGCGACGCCUGACAACUUUGACUGGCUGGCUUCCGUCACAAAGCUGUUUGACCAGCUGGACAAGAUUGAAAACCCCUCGCUCUGCAUCCAGAACCUCCCGUGGCCCAUCUUCAUUGCGGGUACUGAGUGCUACGGCGACGUGGAAAGGCAGCAGAAAGUUACUGAAAUUCUCGAUAAAACGAUCAGAACCACUGGCUUCAACCAAUACGAAACCAUCCGGAGCUUCUUCACCGCUUUCUGGAACGGCCCAGAGCCAAACUGGCUACCGGUUGCACAACAACUGCAAGCGAACGGACUGAGGAUUCUUGUUGUUUGA